AUGUCACAACAGGCGCCUACCAUUGACUUUGAUAAGAUUCGAAGUAGCAGUGACGGCUCAGUGAGCGGAAUGAUGCUGCUGGCGUUCGAAGAGGUGGUGGUGAAUAACCCGUAUUUUGCAGCUGGUGGAGGAUUGAUGUUGCUAGGUACAGGGUUGGCAUUAACUAGGCAAGCGGUUAUCCGCUCAUCGGGACUAAUAUAUCGUCAGCUUUUGGUGGAUUUGGAGAUCCCAUCCAAGGAUAAGUCGUAUUUGUGGUUCUUGGAGUGGAUGUCCCAGUACAAACAUCGAAGUUCACGGCAUCUCUCUGUGGAAACCAACUUUGUUCAGCACAACAAUGGAGCGGUUACCACCAAGUUCUCGUUGGUGCCAGGACCGGGAAAACACUUGAUUCGAUACAAAGGGGCGUUUAUGUUGGUGAAUAGAGAACGUUCAGGCAAGUUGAUCGAUAUGACAAACGGGUCACCUUUUGAGACGGUGAGGUUAACGACUUUGUACCGAGACAGAUACCUCUUUUCCGAUUUAUUGACGGAAGCCAAGACCAUGGCUUUGAAGAUCAGGGAAGGUAAGACUGUUAUCUAUACGUCAUGGGGACCCGAGUGGCGGCCGUUUGGCCAGCCUCGACUGAAGAGAUUGAUGGGUUCUGUCAUCCUUGACGAGGGACUCGAUAAAAUGAUCAUAGAAGACGUGCAAGAUUUCUUGAAAAGUGGUGAGUGGUACCAUAACCGAGGGAUCCCUUAUCGGAGAGGAUACUUGCUAUACGGUCCACCUGGAAGUGGGAAAACAUCGUUCAUACAGGCAGUUGCAGGAGAGUUGGACUACAAUAUUUGUAUAUUGAACUUGAGCGAGAAGAACUUGACUGACGACCGGUUGAACCACUUGAUGAACCACAUUCCUGAUCGGUCCAUCUUAGUGUUAGAGGACGUUGAUGCGGCCUUCAAUAAGCGUGAACAGUCAAGUGAGCAGGGUUAUACCUCAGGUGUGACGUUCUCGGGGUUGUUGAAUGCGUUGGAUGGAGUCGCAAGUGCUGAAGAAUGCAUAACAUUUAUGACGACCAACCAUCCGGAGAAGUUGGAUCCAGCAUUGCUCAGACCAGGUAGGGUGGACCUUAAGGUGCUUAUAGGCAAUGCCACUGAGUACCAAGUGAGAAACAUGUUUUUAAAGUUCUAUGAGAACGACGAGCAAAAUUGCGACAUCUUCAUGAAGAAAUUCAAGGAAUUGGGGUUGAAGGAUGUGAGUACGGCCCAAUUGCAGGGGUUGUUUGUAUAUAAUAAGAGAGACCCUACCGCCGCUACUGCCAUGAUUGAAACGUUAAAAAGACCCAACGAUGCGUUUUAG